UACACGCAUUAAACCGGUGGUUCAGUCUCCGUGCUACGGGGCCACGUAAAACGCUCCCGACGGCAUUUCGGGAGUCAGCUCUGCUGGAUUAGGGAACCAAGGUGUGCAUCCGUUUUGCUGUGCGGCUCCGCCCGGUGUGCGGUGCGGACUGGCUGCACACAUCCGAGAGUUUUAUUGGAUUGCCCGACAGCGGCGGGAGAGGACUGGUCUUACCCCACACGUAGGACAAAGGGAACGCGGGGGAAAUUGAGGGAAAAGGAUAAGUGAAAGAAGAGAGGGAUGAAAAUGGACAAGUCUCCCCUCACACUCGUCUUUGGGCUUUUGAUGCUUGGUGGGUGCUCGGCCCGAGUGGUGACGGUGUCUCCUGGUCCGUUAAUCCGGGUGGAGGGUCAGCCGGUCUCCAUCAGAUGUGACGUCAAUGACUAUUCGGGACCUCGUGAGCAGGAUUUCGAGUGGAUGACAUCCAGGGAGGCGAGCGGGGUGAGGACAAAGAUAAUCUCCACCUUUGACGCCAGCUACUCACACCCGUCGCUCAGCAAGCGCGUUGCAUCUGGCGACAUCUCGGUGGUGAGGCUCAAAGACAACGAGGUGGAGCUGAAGAUAGCGGAGGUGAAGUCGCUGGACGCCGGGCUCUACUGGUGCCAGACGCCGAGCACCGACUCCGUCAUCAGUGGCAACUACGAGGCUCAGGUCCAACUCAUUGUCAUUCCCAACACCCUCACUGUCUCCGCGCUGACACCGGCCCAGGACGUCCCAGAGGGAGGGGACAUCACGCUUUCCUGCAACGUCACCCGGGCGCUCACCCACCCCACCUACCUGUCGGUCACCUGGUCGCUGAAAAACGGAGCAACGUCAGAGGAAAUUUUGACAUUCGGUCCUCAGGGAGAUGUGGUUACAGGGGCGAAGUUCGCCCGGCACUACGCUGACGGAGGAAUCCGAUUGGUGCCCGGGAAGAAUGGACUGUUUGAACUGGUGAUAUCCAGAGUGACGACGUCGGAUGGCGGGACUUACGAAUGCAAUGGAACAGAAUGGACACAUGAAAAUGGAGGGAAAUGGAUAAAAAUCGUAGAGAAAACAAAAGAAAUGGGAACUAUUAAAGUUAUUCCUACAGGUCAGUCCCUCAGUGUGAAGUCUUCACCCUCCUCCUCUCCCUCCUCGACGUCCCUGCACCUCUCUCCCGGCGACACCCUGAACCUCCUCUGCUCCGUCACCGCCGACAACCUGCAGGCCCUCGACCUGGAGGUGACCUGGCUAGCCGGCGACCGUGACAUCAUCACCAUGGAGCGCAGCGGGGUGGUGAUCUCAAACACGUCCUCGAACGGUGCGCUAGGAAAGCGAGGCGAGGCGAGCCUGGAGCGGAUUGGACCCGGGGAGUACAGGCUGGGGCUGAGGGGCGUGAGCGGGAAGGACGGAGGGGAGUACACGUGCCGUGUCCGAGUCUUCAUCGACAAAGGAGGAAAGAGCGCCAGAGGAGGAGGGAGGUGGCACAUGCUGGCCGAGAAGAAGUCCAGCCCUGUGACAGUUAAGGUGUCGCAGAUCAAGCCGAGCUACACGCUGACCCUUGAACCCAUCCAGAACCCACAGAUGACAGGUGAACCCACAGAGCUGGCUUGUCACGUGACCAACAUUACAAAUCUACCCCUGGAAGGCCAACUGGGUGUCACCUGGGAGCACACCACACUUCCUGGUAUAGGGGAUGAUCCUCAGACCCUGCAUCAUAUUGGCUCCCUGGACGGUAUUGGCAACCUGUUGCCGGGGCCGAUGUACUCUGACCGGCUGAAGAGCGGUGUGAUGUCUCUGACCAGAGUCCAGCCCAACACAUUCAAACUGCGAAUCCUCCGCACUCAGGAGAUCGACAUGGGCCAGUAUGUUUGCACUGUGGCUGCGUGGAGCGUUAGCAGUCAGGGUGACAUGGUGAAGACCACUGAAUACGAAAGCUCACCAGUGACUGUACAAUGGGAUCCCAAACGUCCGUCUCUAAAUGUUGUGGCUAAACGUAUCCGCGACGCCUCAGUGGGUGGGGCUACCUUUGAGAUGAGCUGCACCGUGGUCACUGAGAACCUUGGGGAGGCGAGCUACUCGGUGCUCAUCCAGUCACAGGAGAGCCUGGAGAGCAACGUGAGAACCAUCGUGACUCUCAGCCCCGACAACGUCCUGCAGCACGGAGGAGCCACAGACCCCAACAGGAGGGACAGUCUGGUUCUGACAAAGUCCGGUCCAGCAGAGUUUAGGUUUCGCCUGGCUGGCGUCCAGUUGUCCGACAGAGGUUUCUACUGGUGCGACAUCACGGCGUGGACAAAACAGCAGCCAGGACAAACUUGGACCAGAGCCACAAGCUCCGAGUCUAACAAAGUCAAGAUCGACUUUCAAGAAAAUGGCCCGUCCUUCUCCAUCGCCAUAGAAUCAGAUGACACCAGUGUUUAUCCGCUGAAAACAGCCAAGAUGGAAUGUUCGCUCAGCGUCUCUGGAUCCUCACCAAAGCCUGAUCACCUGGGGUACGAGGUGCGCUGGUUUUUCACCAGGCUGCGUGGUGGGCAGACGACGAGCCAGGUGGCCAGCGUCGACCGCUUUGGCGUCGUGAAGACGGACCCCCGUAACACGUCCAGUGAAAUUUCCGUGGAGCGCAUAGGCCCACACAAAUACCUGUUGAACAUUUUUGGCACCCAAGACACUGACAGCGGCGAGUAUUACUGUAUGGCCACGCCCUGGUACCUGUCAGCCUCAACGGGAGCCUGGACCCAAGCUGGAGAGCUGACGUCGUCCCGAGUAUUCCUCACUGUCAAGUUCGCGGUGUGGGACUCUCUACAGUUACCUCUCCUGUAUGGUGCAUCGGCCUCAAUAGGUGUGGGCCUCUUCUCUCUGGUCCUGGGCCUGGUUUGCGCCCAGUGCUGCUGCCGCAACACCACUCACACUCCGCGCUCGCGCAACAAACUGAUGGACCUGGAGAUGGACUGACAAACACUUUCCCCCGCAUCCACACACUGCAGCGCUCACAGGAAACACCACACACACAACAGACACACGCCCAUAGACGAUUUCUGGGACACCCAACUGUUUCCAGGGGACGGACGUUGGGAGUAAAGGGACAUACCACUUUGGAAACAAGCCUGAUCAAGGUGCUCAGGAUCUUUCAGCUCUGCAGUGGAGGAGCAAGGGGGACCUUUUUUUUCUUUUCUUUUUUUUUUAACAAGCACCAAUGGGGGGAAUACCCUUCGAGAAUUCUGUUCCUGUGAAGAUCCAAUGAAAUCUGUGGCGCUUCCAGUGAUUUUUACACAGAUAUAUUUGCUCCCUGUUACGACCAUAGCACUACAGGAAACUCUGAAGAAUCCAGAGUGUGAUUUUUGGAGAAAGUGAGACUUCUGAGACAUCACUGCCACUUGGGAAUAAAGGACCACUAAACACAUCUGCUGCCUCUGUAACCACUAGGGAUAACAAAUGAAGCACUCAGGCUGGACUACAUGCUUUUUUUUUUGCUUUCUUCUGAUGCCAUGGCUUCCUGCAAGUACAACCGCUCCAUGUACCUGAUGGUAAUUGAGUCUCUCAGAGUAACGGGCACACCAGCGUACCCUGUUGAAUUUUCCUUCUUUUUUUUUUUUUUUUUUUUUGAGGAAGCACAGAAAAUUCAAGGGUCGGUUGGGGUUGAAGAGACGGAAGUGGCUUUUCAUUUUGCUUGUUUGGUUGAACAUUAAGGUACAUGGCUGAGGUUAUUUUGUAUUUGCAGAGGCCGAACGUUUAGGCAGCCUGGGCCUUGUUUUUGUCAUUGAAGGAGGUCGUGGUUUGAACAUCUUGUUCAUUUGGGCAGCAGAAGUCCUAGAAAACGAACGUGCUUUCCACACAAGAGGUAUUGCACUAGAACUUACCACCCCAGAGUAUUCCUAACUUAACAAAAGGACAAUAUAUACCUUUAUUCUCAAGUCUAGUUUUUUGAAAAUUCAGAGAUUUUAAAAUGAGAGACAUUUUUACGCUUUACAAGGAGAUAUGCAGUUAGUGUGUUUGUGUGUGAGAUAUACUAUACGUGGUGCCAAUAUCUGAACUAACAGAAGUGUGCUUGGUUCAUUUUGCCAGACCUACACUUGAACAGCCACUAAAAGUGGUGACAGUGAGCACUCUUCUUUCAUAGAUAUUCAGAAAUGUAUCCAGCUGUUAUUUUUGCCCGAGUCUUGUGUAUGUUGCGUACACCGUGUGAGCGCUGUGCUACAGUAUGUGGGACAAAGAGUUGCAUGUACCGUUUCAUAAUGACAGACUGAUGUCAUUCGUGAGCAACACAGGCCUUUUCCAGGGUUACACUUUGAUGACAUCAAAGUCUCCUACACCCAGAUUUUUAAACGUAGCUGUCACCCGACUGAUCUAGGCUCUCGUGCGUUCAAACUGUGAGCAGUGUUUUAACAGUGUGUGGGUGGUGCAAGAAACUCACGGUUUGUAGCUGCAAAGGAAAAUCAUGCAUGUUUUUGUAGCUUCAGUUUUGCCUUUUAAUGGAAUAGUUUGGCAUUUUGCGAAUGACGCCUAUUUGCUUUUUUUCUGUAGAUUUAUACAACGGGAGUCUGGAGUCACUCGAGUUGUUAGCUUAGCGUAAAGAAAGAAAACGAGGGGGGAAAAAACGCAUACUAACACGAUUAAAAGUCACAGAUUUACAAGUAUCUUGUUUGCUUAAUUCAGACUCAAACAGAAAUGUAAGAAUGACAAUUUGCAGUUGUUCUGGUGAGUCACUACUUGGCUGGGAAGACGGAUAAACUGUUGUUUUUUCAAGAAAUAUUUGUAGCACAAAACUCCUCCGAAAACCACAAGCUGUCAUUUUUACAUUCCUGUCCAUGUACAGCUUGAACAAAUGAGAUGCGGAGUGUUUACUAUUGAGAUUUAGAGACGGGACUAUAGAGAUGCCUCUUUUGAGUCAGUGCUCUUAUAGUAAUCCCCCCUCAUUUACUUUCUUAUUUCCACCCAUUUUACAAAACCAACAGAAAUGAGACUCUUUGAAAUUGUUGGACGUGCUCUACUCUUUCAGUUUUGGUUUAGCUAGGUUAGCGGUUCCCCUCUGUUUCCAUUCUUUAUGCUAAAAUAAGAUAGGCUUAACACGUCCCAGACGUUGGCAAACAAGCACAUUUUUCAAAAUGCCCGACUGUUCCUUUAAUGAUACGACCUAGAAAAGAAAGCAGAAAACUUUCAGUAAAGUGAGUUCUGAGAUUUCAACUCCAACAAUGAUAACGCCCCUUUUUCGAAUAAUUCUAGAUGUUUUAUCUCUACUCCUUUUUUUUUUUUUUUUU